UCCGCGGAGGACUGACAGCGCGCGCGCCGCUGAUGGAGACCGGCGGUCCGGUCCGGUGCGUGCAGCCAGGGCGCAGCGUGCGCAGCAGCAGCCGGGAGGAGAGCUCCAGACUGGAGGCUUCAAGUUAGUCUGAGGGGGAAAUUUAAAAGUACAGAGCGGGUUUCUUCCCUACAAAGAAUCAUUUGAACUUCCCACCGCAGCGCCGGGAGGACAGAAAUACUUCUGACAUGUGGAUGUAAUUUCAGAAGAGGCAAAAAGGCAGAUGAGGAGAAACGACGGCAGAGCCGAGCUGCAGCGUGGAGCAGAUUAUAGGAAACUCCAUCCAGGACAUUAGAGAGUGAUGAUUUCACAAACUGCAGCCAGCAUCCACACAGCAGAUGGAGUGAAGCGCGCCGGGCACUCCACUUUGAAGAGACUAAAGUAGAUUAAAUCAUUUAAUCUGCCUCAUCAGCAUCUGUUGUAGCCUGCUGGGACUCCUGGAGUCAGAACCACCUCAGGACCGGCAUGGGAUCCUCUCCGCUCCACAAUCUGGACCUGCUGCUCAUCUCCCUGCUCGGAGGCUUCUGCCUGGUUUAUGCAGACGACGUUCUGACGAAGGAGGAGCAGAUCGGCCUGGUGUACCGAGCCAAGCGCAGGUGUGAGGGCAGCAUUAAGUCGAAGACCAAGAUUCCAGACGGGUUCUGUGCUCCGGAGUGGGACGGCAUCGUCUGCUGGCCUGAAGGAGCUCCUGGAAAACUGGUGUCCACCUCCUGUCCAGACUACAUCUACGACUUCAACCACAAAGGACUGGUGUACCGCCGCUGUGACAACAACGGGACGUGGGAACUCGCCACCGCCAACAAGACGUGGGCCAAUUACAACGAGUGUGCCAAGUUCCUGUACCAUUACAACCACAGCUACGAGAAGGAAGUCUUCCACCGCCUGUACCUCAUCUACACUGUGGGCUACUCCAUCUCUCUGGGCUCGCUCAUGGUGGCCGUCGUCAUUCUGGGAUACUUUCGUCGGCUGCACUGCACCAGAAACUACAUCCACAUGCACCUGUUCGUGUCCUACAUGCUGAGAGCCAUCAGCAUCUUCGUCAAGGACGUGGUGCUCUACUCGGGGUCAGCGCUGGAGAACUCCGAGCGAGUCACCGUCGAAGACCUCAAGUCCAUCACUGAUGCUCCUCCAGCCAACAAGGCUCAGUUUAUUAGCUGUAAGGUGGUGGUGACCUUGUUCAUGUACUUCUUGGCAACCAAUUACUACUGGAUCCUGGUGGAGGGCCUGUACCUGCACAGCCUCAUCUUCAUGACCUUCUUCUCCGACAGGAAGUACCUGUGGGGAUUCACCCUGAUUGGAUGGGGCGUGCCGGCUGUGUUCGUCACCGUGUGGGCCACCGUCAGAGCAAUGUUCGCAGACACCGAGUGUUGGGACCUGAGUGCUGGCAACCUGAAGUGGAUUUAUCAGGUUCCCAUCCUGGUGGCUGUUGUGGUCAAUUUUGUGUUAUUUCUGAACAUCAUCAGAGUCUUGGCAACCAAACUACGAGAAACCAAUGCUGGACGGUGCGACACCAGGCAGCAGUACAGGAAGCUGCUGAAGUCCACGCUGGUGCUGAUGCCUCUGUUUGGAGUCCACUACAUCAUCUUUAAUGCCAUGCCGUACACAGAGGUGUCCGGGGUGCCGUGGCUCAUCCAGAUGCACUACGAGAUGCUGUUCAACUCCUUCCAGGGCUUCCUGGUUGCCAUCAUUUAUUGCUUCUGUAAUGGAGAGGUCCAAGCUGAGAUCAAGAAGUCGUGGAGCAGGAGGACUCUGGCUCUGGACUUUAAGCGAAAGGCUCGCAGUGGCAGUAACACCUACAGUUACGGACCGAUGGUGUCGCACACCAGUGUGACCAACGUGACGGCCAGAGGGCCGCUGGCGCUCCACCUCACCACCCGGCUGGGACCGGCGCCUGUCAACGGCCACAGGAACCUGCCCGGGUACGUGAAGAACGGCUCCAUGUCGGAAAACUCCAUCCCGUCCUCUGGGCAGGAGCUCCACGCCCCCGAAGAGGAGCACUCCCGGCCCGCCGAGGACCUAAAGCCCUCGCCAGUGGUGGAGGAGCGGGAGACGGUCAUGUGACACCUCAGGUACAGCCAUGAACAUCUGGCCCCGUGGCACCUGAACGUUACGGGUGGAGGAGAGCGGCUGACGACGACCCUGUUUGACUCUCCCUGGAGAAACAGACUGCUGCCUCCGCCGGUCAGUUUAGAUCGCAGCAGCAAGUCUCUGGUUCGGCCCCAGUGUCUCUCCGCUCUGCCGAGUUACUCAGGUAAUGAAGUCCUCUGUAGUUAUUGUACUUCAGUCAGCGUCUUCUGGAGCGUUCGGUCCAUGUCGUGAUGAACGCUGCCGUCUGAAUAGUUCAAGUGAAUGUAUGAGACUCAUUCCUCACACGCCGGAGCAGAUCGCCACGGUUUCUCCGUCGGCUCACAGUCGGUUCAGAAUCGAUUCACCGUUUCGUUUCAGGUUUACUGACUUUUGUCUGACUGUGGAAAGUCGACUAACAUUUAGUCGACAGUCAGCUGGGCUGCAGCUCACGGACGAAACGGGAGAAAAGCUGCGUCUCCUCGGGAGGGAAGCCUGAAGGACACAGAGAUGCUCCGACGUCGUGCUGCUUUUGAUGUAUCUAGUCACUAUGUUUACAUUAGAAUUGUGAGCUAACGGUGUUUGGUGUGGAAGUGAUGAAACUGUUGUAAUGUUUAUGUGUGUUAAUCUCUGACGUUGUAAAUAGUGUCAAACAGAGCGGCUGGCGACAGCUGAGGGCAUUCCUACAAUCAUAGCAUUUCCUGGCAAACCAACGAGGAGAAAUGUUCGUUUUGCUGGUGCUGUCCAUGAAAAUGCCUGGUAUAACUUCCACACUGAAACGCCACUGCUCGAAUCCUCCUGGUGGCUGUUUGCUUUCAUCCCAGCAUCUGAAAUGUGACGUGUUUCUGCCUCUCAACAGGUUUUAGAUUUCAGGACCAAACACUUUCUGCAUGAG